ACAAUGAACAAUGCUUUUGAAUGUGUUUAUAAAAAGGUCACAAAGAAUAUCCCUGCUUCCUUGUAUGACACCAGUUCCCAUCAUUUUCAUUUCCACAAGCAGACACUCAGCUCUGACCUGAUUGCCUAAGCCGGAUCAUCUCCACUCUCUCCAUGUUGAUGAUUCUUCUUCUCGGUCGUUGCCAGCAACAUCGGCAAAAAUGAACCGUCCGGUGUGGUGCGUCGGGUGCAUGGUGUGGAUAGCUGUGAUGUCGUGGCAACUCUCCUCAGCCAAGACAUGUGCAAAUCUGGAAUUCCUCAACUCGAAUGUGACCGGAAGUAUCAACGUUGAAGAAAAUGAUUAUGCCAAGCUUGUGUUUCACCUGAACAUGUCAGGCUGUCGAAACCCCUCAGAGAAAUUCCUCAUAAAAGUGUCAUAUGAACAGAACGGUUUGCUUGUGACCGUUUGCAACUUGAUGCUUGAAGGAAAUAUGUGUAACACGACAGAUUCAACAGAGGCUUGUAAAUGUUUACAGCAUAAUAAAAACAUUGUAAGAUUUUACAAGAAGAUGAACAGUUCGUACCCUGCGGUGUACACCUGGACUUGGAUCAGGAUUGCAGACCACAGUGAAGAUAACAGGAAAAUCGUAUUCGAAGUACUCACGAUUAGGACAAGUACCGUAGCAGAGAGCCAAACAGUAAGACACGAAGUAUACAAGACAGCAGCCCAUGAAACAGAGACCACAACGGCUCCUUCCCUGGCAAGCGAAGGAAGAACAGACGAGGACAUCGACGACGGGACGUUGCACACGUCCCCUGCAGUCAGAACAGAGAGGACGAAUGUGACAACGAGGACAACACCACUACACACCAACAGUCCCCGAAACAUCGCCGACGUCAACCUGAAUGUCGUCGUCAUUCAAAGCGUGAUGAGCGCCGUAGGCACAGGCAUCCCUAUCGCCAUCGUCAUCGUCAUCGUCGUGGUCGUCUACAGACGUCGAAAAGGUCGCUUGAGGGGGGUAAUCACACAGCGCCGCCUAGUGACGAGUGAGCUGCGCUUCACGCGCCUGUUUAACCGCGCUACGUCACGUGACCAGAACCCGAUCCCCUGUCCACGUCCUAACCACACCCUGCCUGCACCCCAGCGCCCUCUGUCGGCGAAUUCCAUGUCCGCCAUGUACGUAGAGAUCAGCGACGACACUGUGUCCAUCAAAGAUCUCAAGUUGUACGAGACACCCGGGUGCAGUGAUGAGCAAGGGGAGACAACGUACACAUCUCUUGAACAAAAAGACAGCUUGGAACAGAAGAAAGAAAAAUCAAAACACCACAACAAGAAUCAGACGAUCAUGUCUAAGAAGUCCUACAAUUCAUCCUGCUCCUCAGAGCCAAAGCCAGGAUGUUCCAAGACUUCCGACUUUCUGGACGAAUAUAUAAAGCGCGCGUAGACAAUUGUAGACAUCAUGUGAAGGUAGAUUGUGUAGACACUACUUCUGGACAGAUUGCGGAGACAUCGUAGCCGGACUGUGUAGAUGUUUGGUAUCGUCAUGAUUGUGUAGACAAUAGGUAUAACACUGGUGUAGAAAACGGGUAUAUACAGUGGUUAUCUACAGAUUGUGUAGACAAUGGGUAUAUACAGUGGUUAUCUACAGAUUGUGUAGAUGCAAUUACAGAUAUCGUACAUGGAAAGCGUGCACAGUUAUAUUGUAUAGACAGGGUGCAUCCUGAUGAUAUUAUAACAUAUCAGCAGCUCCCACUGACUAUUAUAUUACAGAACAUUUUGUAUAUAUCUGUAGACUGGACCAGAUUCCAGUCUAUCAUUGUUCAGUAGAGGGUUGAUUGUAAAGUCUGUACAUGUCUUAAAGUGAUUGGAACGCUGACGGAAAAUACUCCUAUCUUGUAUAAACAUGUUUGUAUUUACUUACAGCUUAAAUCAGAUAAGAAGAAUUUUUAGAGAAAAUAUUUUUCUCUUUUCAGGACGAUUUUAGUCUCAGCAUUGUAAUAAUACGUCUGCAUAGAAAGCAUCAUCCGGGGAGAUAACUUAUUUAGUCUUCAUUUCUUUUGCUGAUGUCCCCUUAAUGAUUAAUGGGAUAAAAUGUGUUAUAAGCUGUACAAAAAAAAAAAAAAAAAAAAAAAAUCGUGUUCGCUUUCGUUACAAACUGGUAUAGAUCAUUCAGUAUUUCAUACUGAUAAAAUAAAUUGCAAAUUAACCUAGUCUGUAUAAAAAUGGAGAACAUUGCACCACUGUGCCCACCCUGUUCUAAAUGAACAGAGAAAUUGAUGAACAGAACAUCGCAUCUGGUGAUAAACUGGUGAUAAAGGUUUCUGCUGAUGCAUCGGGCCUCCAAUAUAUAUUUUUAUGUGCAUGUGAAUAGACUUUUAUGCCUUUCGAAAAUUUAUACAUUGAAUUAAAAAUUGUGAUGUAUGCAUGCUUUCAAGAAUAAAUGUCACCUAACCCAGUAA